UAACGUUAUGUGUGUUAUUCAAGGAGGCAGCUGGUGCUUUAUCUACAGAAGGAUGUUAAGAUGUAAACGGGACAAAACAGCGGCGGUUAAUUUAUUAGCGUUAGUCAUGAAUGGACCACGAGUUGCUAUGGUCACUGGGAGCUAACAGUGAGAUAAGUGACGAAGUUUGAAUGUUUCUAAAGCAAGCUAACGGCUGGUGAGUGCUUAAAGAGACAGGCUGUGUUUACAUUUGUUAGCAUUGUAGCAGCUAGCAGAAUGCUAGCUAGCCUUUUAAUUCAUUUACAACGCAACCUGGACUUUGACUCUAGGCGUGUUCAUGAACAGUGAUGGAGUUGCCUCAGAGGGACAGGCUGUCGGAGCUGGUGGAGGAGCUGACCACAUCAGGACAGCCACAGCUCAACCAGGACAAGAUGAAGGAAAUCAAAAAAAUCUGCAAAGUGUCUAAUGACUGCAUAGACCACGUGUACCACUCAGUGAUGUCCCAGCUCAACCAGGAACAUGCAGAGAUCCGACUGUCUGCCUUCCAGAUAGCCAGUGAGCUCUUCUCCAGAUCACAUCACUUCAGAACCCUGCUGGUGGACAACUUCCAGGAGCUCUUGGAGUUGACAGUUGAGACUGACUCGGAGCAGCCACUGCCCCCUCCUAAAGAAGUAGCCAGGAAACUGAGGUCACUGGCCAUCCGGACUGUCCAAUCAUGGCAGGCCUCUUAUGGGAUGGCGUAUAAGAAGUUAGCUCUGGGCUACCACUUUCUCAAACAGGUUAAGAAGGUGGACUUCCAGGAUGCUGAGGCCAGGACAGUAGCAGAGAGGAGGAGGGAGGAGGAGAGACAGAGGAGGAUGGAGAGGAUCUACAAGGAGAGAGUGGAGGCAGCCUCCAUAGACAUGGAGGAGUCCUACCCAGACAUUGAGGCAACACUGACAGAGAUGGAAACCUGUAUGAGGCUGCUUCUCCCCGAGUUUGACCUUACAGGCAUCCACACAACCGAUAGCAGCCCCCCUAUCUCCCAAACAGCCAAUGAUUGUCCACCAGUCGACGAACAGCCCUGCUGCAGCAAAGACCUGAAAGAUGACGGGAGUGAAGGAAUGAUAGAAAAGAAGGAGGAGAGCAGGGAAGAAAAUAAAAACGACAGAGGGGAAGAAGAGGGGAAGGAGAGGUCUGAUGUUGAGGAAAGGGGGGAUAAAGCGUGGAGCGAUGGGAAUGAGCGGGAGGAGGUGAAGGGAAAGGAAGUAGAAGAUGGAGAAGAAAAUGAGGAAGAUCAGGAAGCAAGUAGUGAAGAGGAGGAGGAGGAGGAGGAGGAGGAGGAGAAGAAGCAUCUUGAUGAAGACUUGUUUAUUCGGAACUCUGGGCUCAUCUCUCACUCCUACAGUCUGGACCUGAACCUCAGUCCUGGUCUUCAUGUUAAGGAGACUGAGGACAAUGAGGCGGUGGUUUCCACGGUGAUAGACCUCCACAAACUGAUAAAAACCAAACACCUACCUGCUGUGCAGGGCUGGAUUCAGGUCUUCACCAAGUCAGGUGCUGAGGAGCAGCUGUUGAGAAGAGCACUGGAUCUGAAGAAGUCUUUAGAAGCUGCCCUGGAGAAACACAAAGAGCUUCACAUUGAUUACAAGACCAGGAUCCGCAGAGUGAUGAAGGCCUCUUCAGACGGAGAUGAGGAGGACGACGACGAUGAGGAUGAUUUCGAUGAGGUUCCAGAGAAGGAGGGUUAUGAGCCGCACAUUCCAGAGCAUCUACGAGCCGAGUAUGGUUUGGAUCCAACUCCUUCCACCUCAACAGCACCGCUCCCAAAAAAAACUCCUGCGAAAAGACCUGCAGCUCCUCCCCCUCUGUCCUCCACCUCCUCCACCUCCUCCCCUCCCUCCUCCUCCAGGCGGCUAAAGCGACUCACAGAGGAGGAGCAGGAUCCAACAUGUGCAGCCGCUACGCUGCGCCUCCUCAGACAGAACUUCCCUCCACCUGCAGAACCCAGCAGCAGCUCCUCAGGUCCCAGUUCAGACCAGAAGGCUGCUGAUGCUCCUGUGGUUCCAUUUGGUUUAGACCUGUACUACUGGGGCCAGGAGCAGCCCAAUGCUGGCAAGAUCAUCAAGUCUGCCUCUCAGCAUCAGUUCUGGGUUCACGCCGAGGUGGAGGAGGAGGUGGAGAACAAGGAGCUCCUGGCAGAGAGCAGGAGCAGAUACAUCUCCUUUCCUGGGAGCUUCACUCCUGUCAGCCAUCACUGCAGAGCUCCACUGGGCAACGGAAACCUGUGUCAGAGGCAGGACCGCAACAAGUGUCCCUUCCAUGGCCGGAUCGUUCCUCGAGACCAGGAGGGUCGACCCUGCAGGCAGGAGGACCGACUGAGGGAGGAGCAGGAGGAGAGGAGGAAGAGGGAGGAGCAGCCUGACUGGCGUGAUGCAGAUCUGAUGCGAGACAUCGAGGCGGCAACCGGAGAAGACCUGGGUUCCGACAGGGUGGGCAAAAAAGGGAAAGGGAAGAAGAAGAAAUACCCCCACCUCAGUGAUCUGAAGCAGAGCGCCAACACGUCCCGCUCCAGGCUGGAGAAAAAAGUCUUCAACAAGAGCACCAUGCGCAGAGUAGCUGACGUGCUGAGCAAAGCCGACAGCAGAAAACACGACAAGUUCUCUAACCAGUUCAACUACGCUCUCAAGUGACCUCAGACCACCUUAAUAUUCCUUCAGAUGAAAGGAGAGGACCGAGUGCUUUUAUUAAGCCUUUAGGCUUAAUAAACUUGUCUCGCACUGAAAGAAGGACAGACUUUAACUUAUUGAUGUGCACAUACAGUAUAUGAAGAGAUCAAUAUGAUAUUUAAAACACGGUUUGAACACUGUGGUGCAGCUGGAAUGAUUUUGGAACAAUUAAGUAUCAGAAAAUAAAAAUGGAAUUUCUGUUGGUCUAAUUUGUCAGCUACAUUCUUGAGCUGAAUCUUGCCUUUGUAUCAGCCAAAUCCAGUGGAUUUUUACUCUUUUUCCUGUAUGUAUUGUUUGUAUUUGUUUAAAGCCGUGUGUGCUAAAUGAACAUGAGGCAAGUGAAAAAGAUUUGUGCCACAAGUAAACUGUAAAUCUUUCCUCA